UGGAUGUCUCGCUUCUAUAAGACAGGAGAAGACGGUGGGGCUGGGGGGGAGGAGGUGGAGGUAUAACCUAUAGGCUUGAUUAUUAUGCAGUCACCGAGACUUGGCGAUAGAGCCGUCAGAGAAGGGGCAGAAAGAGGGGCUUGUCGCUGAAAUCGGAGGUGACAGGGAACGCGCCAUGGCGCUGGAGCCGGAGGGGGACAAGCUGCUGCUGCAGGACGUGCUGGCGAGAUCCGGCAACGAGACGUGCGCGGACUGCGGCAAUCCAGAGCCGGAUUGGGCGUCGCUAACUUUGGGAGUGUUCGUCUGCCAGGCCUGCUCCCUCCUCCACCGCAGCAUCCCUCACAUCAGCCGGGUCAAGUCUGUCCAGGACACGUGGGAUGGAAGCGAGGUGGAGUUAAUGGCAGCUAUGGGGAACAGUGCAGCCAAGGCCAAAUAUGAGCAGAAAGUCCCUGCUUUCUACUACAGACCAACGCACACGGACUGCAAGCUGCUGAGGGAGCAAUGGAUCAGAGCCAAGUACGAACGAAAUGAGUUUGAGUUCAUCGAGAAGCAGGAGCCUUACUCUGCAGGGUACCGCGAGGGGUUUCUAUGGAAACGGGGGAGAGACAACGGUCAGUUCCUGAGUAGAAAGUUUGUCCUAUCGGAGAGAGAGGGAGCCCUCAAAUACUUCAACAAGCAGGAUGCCAGGGAUCCCAAGGCAAUCAUGAAAAUUGAAACCCUUAAUGCCACCUUUCAACCGGCCAAGAUCGGCAACCCCUGCGGCCUGCAGAUCACCUACCUGAAAGACAACAGCACAAGGAACAUCUUUGUCUACCACAGCGACGCCAAGGAGAUGGUCGACUGGUUCAACUCCAUCCGAGCAGCCAGGUUCCACUACCUGCAGGUGGCCUUCCCCGGAGCAGGUGAUGAGGAGUUGGUGCCAAAACUGACACGAAACUUUAUGAAGGAGGGCUUCAUGGAGAAAACUGGCCCAAAGCACACAGAGGGCUUCAAGAAGAGGUGGUUCACUAUGGACGACAGGCGGCUCAUGUAUUUCAAAGACCCCCUGGACGCCUAUGCCCGAGGGGAGGUGUUCAUCGGCAGCAAAGAGAACAGCUACACCGUCCUGUCCGGGCUGCCCCCGUCCACGCAGGGCUACCACUGGAACCACGGCAUCACCAUCAUCACGCCGGACAGGAAGUUCCUCUUUGCCUGCGAGACCGAGGCCGAGCAGCGGGAUUGGAUAGCCGCUUUCCAGAGAGUCAUCAACAGACCAAUGAGGCCGCAGGAAUACGCAGUGGAGGCCCAUUUCAAGCAUAAGCCUUGAAGCCCGCAGGAAAUCGCAGCUCAACUGUGCCGGCCCAGUCCCAUCGGGAUCAGAAACGGUCACUGCAGAGUGUGAGAGGUGGACAUAGUAGGUGCUGAUGGGCUUGGGGUCAGAGGUUGUUUUUUUUGUGCAAGAAGAAGAAGAAAAAGAAGAAGAAGAGUCUAAAAAAACAGAGGGACUUGAGUCUAUGUGAAGACAGCUGCGAGGACCCUCGUGGUGGGACUAGGACUAGGUAGAUGAUGUCAUCCCUAUUGCGCCUACCAAACCUGUACUGUACAGUAUCAUACCAGAUCCCCUCUUUUUCCUCAGCCCUGUGGACCCCUCCCUUGCAACAAGCUCCCCUCUCCCCUUGAAUUUUGUCUCGUGAAUGGUUUAUUCUGCCUGUAAUCUACUGUAAUUAUGUAAUCUAGAGUCAUUUCACUGGUUGCUUAACAAAGACAAUGCAUUGUUAAUUUAUUGAAUGUACAGUUUUGAUGGCAGUGGCUUACAUGGCGUGUGGAAUUGUGACGUUUUCAUCGAGGACGCUCAAGAGGUCGGACCUCCGGACCACUGAGACCCUGCUAAACCUGAAAUCUACAAAGUGCUGUUAACGACAAAUAUGCAUACAGAACUCACACACAAACUCAGUGAACACCGGCGCUGUUAACUUAGCUGGGGGCAGGCUGAUCUGCAUCCAGGCAGGGUUCUUUUAAAAAAAACAUCGGUCUUAAAGCUGUUCUCUUAUUUAUUUGUACUUUUGAACUAGUACUAAAUCAUCGUAGACGUAAUUAUCGCUGCUUUCAUGGAUUGUAAUGUGACAGGAUUGUAAUUUAUACAUUUCAACCGUUGGCUUUACUUUUUACACCUUGUUUCGGACACAUUUUGUUCUAACUCCUUGCAUCACAGUGAGAGUUGUUUCAUUAUAAAGAUCGUGUCAUUAAUACAGAUGAGGCUGAAAUCCC